GGCGCGCGCGUCGGUGCGCGGGAUCCGCCUCUUUCCCCAGGCUCUGGCUGGGCGGGGGUGGGUAGGCAGGGACCUGGAUCUGAUUAGGUGGGAGGGGGAAGCCCUGGUCCCAACCGCUCGCUCGCGUCUCCCAAGUUUCUCGGGGAGGAGGAGGACGACGAAUUGGAGGAGGGACGUUACAGAGAGGAAGAGUAGGGGUCCCAUCACUGAGCACCCGGAGCAAGGUUGGUGCCGCCGCCGUCUUCCGGCUCUCGCCUAGCCCUCGCCCUGGGUCCAAGCAUGGGGCCCCCUUCCAGCUCCGGCUUCUACGUGAGCCGCGCGGUAGCCCUGCUGCUGGCCGGGCUGGCGGCCGCGCUCCUGCUGGCGCUGGCCGCCCUCGCCGCCCUGUACGGCCGCUGCGCGCGCGUGCCGCCGUCGGAUCUUCCCCACCGCGCCGGCCCGGACACCGCGCCCUCCCCUCCCGGCACGCCGGAAGAGCCGCUGCCCCCCGGGCGCACCCGCCCCACUCGGGAGCCGGUGGUGACCGCCACCACGGGCCACGGGCGCCCCCCAGGACCCUGGGACCAGCUGCGCCUGCCGCCCUGGCUCGUGCCCCUGCACUACGAGCUGGAGCUGUGGCCCCGGCUGCGGCCCCAAGAGUCCUGGGCUCCGACGUUGACCUUCACGGGCCGCGUGAACAUCACGGUGCGCUGCACCGCGGCCACCAGGCGGCUGCUGCUGCACAGCCUCUUCCUGGACUGCGAGAGCGCGGAGGUGCGGGGUCCUCUCGCCUCCGACGCCGGAGACAGCACGGUGGGCCGCGUGCCGGUGGACGACGUGUGGUUCGCGUUCGACAUGCAGUAUAUGGUGCUGGAGCUGGGCGGCCCGCUGCAGCCCGGGGGGCGGUAUGAGCUGCAGCUCAGCUUCUCCGGCCUGGUGUACCAGGACCUCAGGGAGGGGCUCUUCUUCAGCGUCUACGCAGACCAGGGGGAGCGCAGGGCCCUUUUGGCAUCUCAGAUGGAACCCACGUUUGCCAGGAGUGUGUUUCCUUGUUUUGAUGAGCCAGCUCUAAAGGCAACUUUUAAUGUUACAAUUAUUCAUGAUCCGAGCUAUGUGGCCCUUUCCAACAUGCCAAAGCUGGGUCAGUCUGUGAGGAGAGACACGAAUGGAAGCACGUGGACCGUCACUACCUUUUCCACGACACCCCACAUGCCGACUUACUUAGUGGCUUUGGCCGUAUGUGACUAUGCCUACGUGGACAGAAGCGAAAGGGGCAAAGAGAUACGCAUCUGGGCCCGGAAAGACGCCAUCGAGAAUGGAAAUGCAGACUUUGCUCUGAACAUCACAGGUCCCAUCUUCUCUUUCCUAGAAGAUUUAUUUAAUAUUAGUUACCCUCUUCCCAAAACAGAUAUAAUUGCCUUGCCUACUUUUGACAACAGCGCCAUGGAAAAUUGGGGACUAUUGAUAUUCGAUGAGUCAUUAUUGUUGAUGCCACCGAACGAUCAAGUAACAGACAAAAAGGCUGUGAUCUCCUUCAUUCUCUCCCACGAGAUCGGACACCAGUGGUUUGGAAAUUUGGUUACCAUGAACUGGUGGAAUGAUGUCUGGCUCAAAGAGGGCUUUGCAUCUUACUUUGAAUUUGGAGUAAUUAACUACUUCAAUCCUAAAUUCCCAAGAAAUGAGAUCUUUUUUUCUAACAUUUUACGUAAUGUCCUCAGUGAAGAUCACGUCCUGGUGUCUAGAGCUGUGUCCUUGAAGGCGGAAAAUUUCACAGAAACCAGUGAAAUAAAUGAGCUCUUUGACUUGUUUACUUACAACAAGGGGGCGUCUUUGGCCCGAAUGCUUUCUAGCUUCCUGAAUGAGAAUUUAUUUAUCAAUGCACUCAAGUCCUAUUUGAAGACAUUUUCUUACUCAAAUGCUGAGCAAGAUGAUCUAUGGAGGCAUUUUCAAAUGGUCAUCGAUGACCAGAAUAAAACCCUUUUGCCAGCCACAGUGAAAAGCAUAAUGGACAGUUGGACCCACCAGAGUGGCUUUCCAGUGGUCACCUUAAAUGUAUCCACCGGCACCGUCAAACAGGAGCCGUUUUAUCUUGGAAAGGUUAAAAACGAGACUCUCCUAACCCACAAUGACACAUGGAUUGUACCUAUUCUUUGGAUAAAAAAUGGAAUUACACAGUCUCUAGUCUGGCUAGAUAAAAGCAGCAAAAUAUUCCCUGAAAUGCAAGUUUCGGCUUCCGAUCAUGACUGGGUGAUUCUAAAUUUGAAUAUGACUGGAUAUUACAGAGUUAACUAUGAUCAAUUAGGUUGGAAGAAGCUAAAUCAACAGCUUGAAAAAGAUCCUAAGGCCAUUCCUGUUAUCCACAGGCUGCAGGUGAUUGACGAUGCCUUUUCCUUGUCUAAAAACAAUUAUAUUGAGAUUGAAACAGCCCUUGAUUUAACCAAGUACCUUGCUGAAGAAGAUGAAAUCAUAGUCUGGUAUGCGGUCUUGGUGAACCUGGUAACCAAGGAUCUUGUUUUUGAUGCGAACAGCUAUGAUAUGUACCCGUUAUUAAAGAAGUAUCUGUUGAAGAGACUUACCUCGAUAUGGAAUGUAUAUUCAACUAUUAUCCGUGAAAACGCAGCAGCGUUACAAGACGACUAUUUAGCCCUAGUAGCCCUGGAAAAACUUUUUGAAACGGCAUGCUGGUUGGGCCUUGAAGACUGUCUUCAGCUGUCAAGGGAACUCUUCAAAGACUGGACGAACCAGCCAGAGAAUGAAAUACCUUCUCCGAUUAAAAGUGUCAUCUUAUGUUAUGGCAUUGCCUUGGGAAGCGAGGAAGACUGGGACUUCCUGUUGAACAUGUAUGCGAAUAAAACAAAGGAAGAGGAAAGGAUUCAACUCGCUUAUGCAAUGAGCUGCAGUAGAGACCCAAGAAUACUCAACAGGUACAUGGAGUAUGCCAUUACUGCAUCGCCUUUCGCUUUUAAUGAGACAAAUGUCAUUGAAGUGGUGGCGGCGGCGGAAGUGGGCCGGUACAUUGCAAAGGACUUUCUAGUCAACAAUUGGCAAGCUGUGAGUGAAAGAUAUGGAACACAAUCACUGGUUACUCUCAUGAAUAUAAUAGGGAGAACCAUCAGUACAGACUUGCAGAUUACAGAGCUACAGCAGUUUUUCGGCAACAUGUUGGAAGAGCACCAGAGGCUCACGGUCCAUGCCAAAUUACAGACAAUAAAGAACAAAAAUCUGGAAAACAAGAGGCGCAGUGCCAGGAUGACGGCAUGGCUACGGAGGAACGCGUAACGGGCGCCCUUCCAGCCUGCGUGGAUGGAUUCCGCUCCCACUUGGGUCUCCCAGGGCUUCGUGAGUCUGCAAACCCACAUGUGUUGUUAUUCCUCUGUCAGUCACGUUCGCUCCUCCCAGUCCUUCCUGUUCUUCCCAGGCUGUCACGUUUGGCCCUGAGACUCCGUGAUUCCCGAGGAUGCUGCCAACCCAGGGGAAGAUUUCUCUUCACGCUGGGCUGUGAAGCCACAGAAUUGACUCCGGGGUGCCUCCUGAAACCAAAUGCACCUCAGAAAGCCUUGCUUAUUCUGUCGGGAAAGCCAGCGGAGUAUUAGAUGCUUGGCCCACGGAACACAUUCUUCUCCGAGGGAAACACAGACUUGUAAUGCUCUGGGGUUUACGGAGUUCAAUAUGUAAAAGGAUCAUGAGCCAGUAACACAACAGGGCAAAGAAAGAGAAGCCAGAAAAAUAAUACUCACGAGGACAUAGAGAGACCAAGGCAAAAACAUUUUAGGAAGAAGGAACAGAUUGUUGUAGGAGCCACAUGACAUGCCUUAAGGACCAGACGUGGGUCUUCUGCCCAUUUCUCUCUUCCCACAGGGCCUAUCACAUUGUGCCACACCUUACAGGCCACUGAAGUUUAGGGUGUCCCUAAAAGAACCCAGAUCGCAGGAUCCAUAAAGUGCCCUUCGGGUUAUGGAGGCCGGAAGGACAAGAAGGAACCUUCCUAAAGCCGGAGACCUCAUCCCUUCCUGUGGGCUGGACACUCACUCAGCCCAAGUUUAGGAGCAAACAUAAGGAUGUCAACAGAUGGUAGCCAUGGGGGACUGAACUUCCGCAUAAAGGGAGGUGGUCACAUAAAGAGAAAGAGAACAAAAAGGCUAACCAGACCACACUCUUCAGCUAUGCACUCAGGGGACGAAGUUGGAAACGUGGUUUCAUUUGGCCAAGUUGAACCUGCUUGUGGAGACAACUUGAAACGCGUUCAUCGGUUACCAUGUCAGGAAUUGGCUGAGUUCUCUUACCCCGGACUAAAUCAGGAUGGCCAAGGCAAAUCGUCCCACUCUAGACUUUGUGUGUGUUUGAUGUAAUUCUGUUUUCAUUUGGAUUCUGCUUUUAUAGAAUGGGGGUAAGAAGAAACUACAGAUCUCCGAUCUACCUCAGAGGGAUGUAAAGAUUAAGAACCAUGUCGGUUAAAAAAACCUUCAAAUACGUUGUAUAAGCGCAAGGCCCUGUGAUCUCGGGUUCCCCUCCCCCUUGUGUAAGUUGAUGCAGCCACAAAUGAAAAUGCAAAAAACCAGAGUUGCCUUUUGUAUCCCCUUCACAAGAAGAUGCUCCCUGUGUGAGUUGGAGGUCUGGGAUGUGGUCCUGAAAACAAACCAAAGCCCCGGUCCCUCAGACUUUGACCAUGGGUCAUAGGUCAGAGAGCUUUUUCUCUAAAUUUAGAAAUGUAAAACUUAAGCAAUAAAAUAUUACCAUGUCUUCGAACUGUUGUGUGCGAGCUAUCUUCCGGUGUUUUCUAGAACAUUUGUUCUCUAUUUCCUAUCAUUCCUUCGGUCAUGGUCUCAAUUUACAGUAACCAUGCCACAUGCCUUCUCUCUUGCUUUUCUCUUCCUCGUCUUCCUCUACCUCUUUGUUUCCCUUGGGCUUCCUUCUCCCUCUCCAAGAACCCCUGCCUGCCUCCUGCAUGGCUGUCUGCGUCCCCCUUUCUCAGUCUUGCCACCCUGCUGUGCCCUCAGGGCUCUGACCGUGGUCACCCCAUUUGGGUGACGCCAACACUGAUCCCACCAGAGAAGCAUCUAGGCUUGGAGCUCCAGGCCAUCUGUUGAAAAUCAAAAUAUGGUUACAUAGUAGCUUCUGUGAUAUUUUAACAGCCCUGAAAGUGUUUCUCAAGUGCCCAAAUAUUUGGUUUAUAGCCCUUCCUCUAAAUAGGGAACAGAACUUUGCAUAAUGAACAUUUUUUUCUUACGUGGAAGAAGCAGGCUAUUCCCGAUAGGCAUUAUGUUUUCUUACAUCAUACUUAGAUUUAGUAUAAAAUGGAGUAAUUAUUGAUUAAUGACAGUGAUGGCAGUAAGUCAGGGAGCGAAACUGAGGCAAAGUUGUGUAAAUGGUGUAAAUAAUUUCUUAACCGAUGAACCAGCCUAUCAUUUAGCACCCCAACUAUAAAACAGUUUCUCUGAUGCAUCCACUGUCUGCUUUAAACCACUCGCCCUAGAAAAACGUUAAGAUGGACAACAUGGUCAUGCCUUUUUUCCAUUCAGUAAUUAGAAACGAAACGUUUGCCUCACAAUCUUCUGUCUUUUUCCUGCUCAGACCCAUUCGGUGACUUCCCAUCAUUGACUCUUAAGUGAGAAAACAAAGGCCUUGGUCUUGAAGGCUCGAGAGAUCGUGGGUAAGGUAAAGCUCUGGGGUCAAGCUGCACAGCAAUUUUAUUCUGAGGAAUGAAGGAAGAAGGAAAAUGAGAUGAGAUUUAAGAGGGAAAUCUUGAUUAUUUUCCUCUUUACCUCAACAAAUGGCAUCUUGUCUCCAUCCAAACUCUAGCAGAAAUAGUAAGUCCAAAGCAAAGCCUUAUGUGGGACUUGCAGUAAGUAGAACUAUCUCCUCCCCACACAUAGAAUCUGGAAUCAGCAUUGGAGACUAUGGAAAUAAUAUUGCCUCCAGCCAGCUCUUCUCUGGAGUCCAACAACAUUCAGCAAAUAUAUUCUUUACAACACACAUUAUCUAGGAAUUACUUGGGCUUUUCCUCCUCUCCUCCUUUCAUAAGCAGGUUGGUCCUUAAGGUGAGAAGAAGACAGGUGUCUACACCAGGGAGAUCCAAGGGGGAGCUGUGGAGCCCCAUGACCUGGAAUGGGUGGAAGAGCUUGGGUGGACAAAGCAGAGGGUCCACGCAGUGGAGAGCAGCUUGGUGCAAGAUGGCAGAGCCCAAGGAAGUGAGUAGGAUAAGCAUACAGCAGGGAGGGGGCUUAUGACAUGGAGAGUCAGAACCCAAACAGGGUGAGAAUGGGGAGUCCAAGUCCUAGUGGGGUGGGGUGAAGAGGACUUCUCGGGCUAGGGCAGUGUCCCAGCAUGAGGUAUCAGAGCCUGAGGAUGGUGAGGAGGGCAUCACAUGGGAUGCGGCAGAGCAGCGAUGGGAGCUCGGUUACCACAGGUGAAGGAACCAAGUACCAAAAUAUGCAAAUGAUCAUAGGACCUGGGUAUCUCACCAUUGGAGAAGAGCAGAGCAAACACUGACAAAGAGAGAUCUGGAAUGAAACUUUGGUCACUGGGCUGGAAUUGGAGGUACUGAUGUGAACAGUCCUCAUCGUUCUCAACAUAGGGAUAGAGUCAUACACAGAGACAGAAAUGUGUGUAGACACAUCUUACUCUUUCUCUAUAGGCAAAGAGAUGCAGAUAUAUGUAGGUACAGAAAUGGAUAUAGAUAUACAUGUCAACAUUGACCUUACCUUCUCAACUGAGGGGGCCUGGGGCAGCAACUUCCUACUGACAGUGAGCACAGCCCAGAUGUUGGCUACUAAAGGCCAUAUGAACCAGAGCUUCUCAGACAAAUGACUGAUCUCAGGGCCUUGGCAGGAAAGGGACAAUUUGAGAGGGAACGUAUUUUUGUACCAAAAGACAAGGAAGUACUCAAGGUCUGAUGGGAACAUGUCAAAUCCUGAUCCUUAACAAAUUGGUAUCACAUGAAUCUAACCACGAGGAAACAGCAGACAAGCCCUAACUAAGGGACAGGCCACGAAAUAGUCUUCAAAAGCCACAAGGUCACGGAAGUAUAGGAAAGAGAGAGGACCAUUUUUAGACUGAAGGAGUUAAAGAUACAUAACAACAAAGUAACAUGGAAUUCUGAGCUGGAUCCUUUUAUAAUACACAACAUUAAUGGGACAACUGGAAACAUUUGAAUGGAGUCUGAGGGUUAGAUACUAGAAAUGUACAAUGUUAAUUUUCCCACUUGGACAG